AUGAGCCAUACAAGUGGCCCAUUAGACCCAAUAUUUGGCCAGUCUAGGUCAUUUGAUUGCAGUGGCGAAGAAGUUAACCCUGAUGUAGUGAAAUAUUUGGAGUUUGUAAGGAACGAAGCAUUACGCACUAAUGCAACAAAUUCCAGACAAGUUGCAGCUGGUAGGAAGAGGGUUGAAAUCAGCUAUGAAGAUGAUGUGCCGAAUUUAAUCGACUCAGAAUUGUCAGAUAGGGCUAUAGAAUUACCAUUUGAUGUGGAUGAGGCAAUUGAGUGGUUCAAAUCUUUACGACAUUAUGCCCAAAGUUCAAGUGAACCGUCUCAAGGCUACAAUAAAGAAACUUUGGAGUUCCUUUUAUUCAGUUUAAAACAAUAUAUUGAUUCCAAAAAUGAUAGUGGUGAUGAAAUGAAAAAUCUAGCUGAACUUCUUAAAGAUGUAAAACCAGUAAAAGAAAUAGAUUCCCUUGAACUCGAUGAAAAGUGGGCUCAAAAGCUUAUCCUAAGGCUCACAAGACGCAAUUUUGCCAGUUUAGAAAAUCUAAAACUUAAAAUAAAUUCUGUAAUUCCCAUUCCUACUCGAGAUAAAGCUUGGAGGGUCCAUAUCCCAUUAAAUGAACCUACCCACGAAUUUUUCCAUAGGAUGAGCUCACAACAGUUGUUUGAACUAGUACGCUACAUGGACGAAAAUCUAACCGUUGAACUCCAAUCCUCUAAUGCUGUUGACUAUUCUCAAUGGCUGUUUUAUUUGCUUCUACACUUACCUGAUCAUUUAACGGCGAGUGGGGUGUCCAAAGUAAGGUCAUUAGCUAAGAAAGCCAGGGAAUUUGUUGUGAAUAAAAAUAGUAAUGCUCCCCUACUCGAGUUCCCCUCUGAGAUGUUACAUGAAGAACUGCCAACUGCUCAAAUGACAUCUGUGCACUUAGUAUUAGUUGUUGUUAGUGUAAUAUACGGGCAGAGAGACCUUCUACGAUACUGA